AUGGCCUCGUCUCUUACGGCCCAGCUAUCGCGCAUCGCGGCCAAGUCGACGCACGAGCUUGACCUCAAAGCGCAAAGAAUCUCUCAUUCGCAGUCGCUAAUCUUCGACCACAAAAUUGCCGGUUCUCAAGAUUUCGAUACAGUAUAUGAUAUUUGCUCUGAUGGAUUCCGGGAAUUGUGCUCCCUGGAUGGUCGCUUCCGGAAGUUUGAGCUCUCAAUCUUCAGCGAGCAGAGCAAAGGCCAGGACCGUACGCAGAUGAACUCUGCCCAGAACAAGGAGCUCAAUAUCACGAUAGAGAACUUCCUUGCUUUGGUCGGGGGGGAGGUUGCAACUAAGCCCGGCUGUGAAAGCUGUGGACUGGUUACUGCAAACAGGUCCCACGAGUAUAAUACGACCGCUAUGCUCCUCACAUUUCUACCAUAUCAUACCACGCCACUUUUUCUGAACCUACUCUCGAUUCUCCCAAAUGACCUAUCCCCCGCCUUCAAAGUGCUUUACCCCUACAAGGCUGCAUUGACGAACCCCCCAAGGCAUCCCAUCGUCCAUAGCGCCACUACAAACAGAGCCUUUUUUGCUGAAUUAAAUGAAUAUGUCUUGAGGACAUCGGAAUUGCGCGCGCAUAGCCAUCCCCUCCUCUCCUUUUGGGCUGGGAUCACUACAGAAGCAGUGGCAGGAAUGCUGGAGAAUGCCCGCUCAGGAAGGCGAGAAGUCGAGAAACAAAAGCAGGACGACAUAUGCCGCCAGGUCCUUUCGGUCCUUUCACGGGCCUUUGUUCUGAAAGAUGUUUCUGAAUUGAUCAUCAGCUGCUACAUGAUCUCUGUUGUGUUGGCUCAGAAAGCGUCCUUAUCUAACGAUUAUGUCAAUGGUCUGAUGGAGUGUGUGGUUGACUCAUGGACCCAAGAGACCUUGAGCUCUGGUUUGAUUUGUCUCUCUGUUCUUGCCCAGCACAAGCCGUCCGUCGCACUUCCAGAAAGGGUAUUCAAGGCUAUUAGCCGCCUUGACCGUCUGGUGCCGCAGAUUUCGGAGGUCACUGCGAAGUACCAGCCUUCUAAGCUUCUCCUUGGACUUGUCCAUGGCUGCUUGAGCGACCUUAGUAAACAGAAGAGCGCCUCUCGAGUACUUCUCGCGAGGUCCAUUCUCCAAUCGACACUUCUAGGGGAUGAUUCUUUGAAAGAGGCCAUAGAAAUGCUUCUCAAGGCUGCCAGCAAUACAGAUGUGAUGCAAGAAGUUUCUCUCGAGACUCAGACUCAAAUUACUGAGUUGAUUGAAGAAUUAACCAGGUCCAGCUCCAUUCGGCCGAUUUUCCAAGCAGCGAUUGCUGAAUCUCCGCAGAACAUUUCUGCUGUGGAGCUUCAUUUGCAGACUCUGCUUGAAGCUCCCGUCCAAACCGGGACCAUCCAAGAUGUUGAAAUGGAAGACGUUGCGCUGGAGCCUGCUACCGACCGCUUCUCUGCUGCUUUAGAGGCCUUCUCUGAGAAGCCGUUGUAUUCAUCAUCGUUCUUGAGCAAGCAGCAUAUUCCAGAAUUUGAAGAUCUCGUGCAAAUAUUGGCUUCAGCAUUUGACUCUGAUAGCAAGAUCUCGCAAUUUACGGAUUUGCCAAUUCUAGGGAAAUCCAAGGCCACGCAGUCUCCCCAAUACCUCUCUUUCUUCGCCCGUGUUGCCUCCGGCCCUUACCCAACGGGUCCAAAAAUUGCAGCCUUGCAAGCGAUUUCCUCUGUCAUCUCAUCAGUGUCUCGUGAUUUUGACCCGCAAGCCCUUCUGCCAUUCUUGCUUGUUUCUUUGGAAGAUAGUUCCCAACGGAUCCGGCGUGAAGCCGGUGGUGUCUUGGCUGCUAUCAGUUCCCUUUGCAAGAAGUCCAAGGGAGACGAUGGCGAAUCGAAGAAGCCCUGGGCACAUAACUCGAUAUAUGGAAGCGGGAGCCCGUCGGCCGGUAUCUCUUGGUUAUCUUCACGAGAUGUAUCCAAGUUCUUGGAACGCUCUUUGCUCCCCGAGCUUGAGGAAUCUAUUCUUGAUCCGGCCCACGUGAGCAAAGUCCUCGAUGCUACGCUCAGAGGAUCGGUCCUUUCGGAAGAUUCAGGUGCAUCAGAACUGAAGAAAUCUCUACGUCUCAAUCUAUUCACUUUCUUAUGUUCCCAUGUUACUCAUCUACCAGUCUUCGGCCCUAAGAUUCGUCUUCUACGACAGCUGAAUGGCGUGAAAAAAGUUUCCGGAACAACCCGCGCGAAAGAACUCUUACCCCUGCUCGAGAACUGGCGCGGUUUGAGCCAAACUGAAGUGGAGGAUAUCUGUUCCAAGGAGCAUAUCCCCAUCUCGGAGGCCGAGCAAGAGAUUGUCGCUAUCAUUACUCCCAAGGAUGCUGAUGCAAUCGACGCUCUGUUGUCUUUCGUCAGCUCCAGCGAAUCUGUUCGGCCAUCCUUUGUUACAGCGGACUUCAAUCGUAUGAAACAGAUUUGGCCCAAGGUCGCUGAGGAUAGCCAACUUGUUGCAGCCGAUAAACUCUUGGAAGUCUCUUUGGGUCUCACAAAUGAAAAGGCUUAUCUGGCAGACAGUUGUCGUGAUGUUCUUCGGAGUGUUGACCUCUCAGGACCAAUUCUCUUGAACUACGUCAAGAAAAUUCCUGAAUCCUUGACUCAGAUCGAUGGACUCGCCCCUGCGCCAAAGCGAAGACGUACAAGUCAGAAUAACAUGGUUGCUAUGACCGUCAGGGAUGAAGCUGAAUUCAGUAAGAUUGUUGAUAAGAUGACUUUCAUCCUUGAAAUCGUUGAUAGCUCCACCCCAGAGUCCCACCCGGAGCUUGCCGACGGCCUCUUCCAGACUCUUGCCGCCCUUCACCAUUUCAAGUCACAGAUCCAAUCUGGAAUGAGCUACCUCCUCAGCCUUACACUCGGUAGUUUGCUAGCUAUCGUGAACAAGUCCAAAGCCUCUGCCAAACCGCUUUUUGAUACAUCUGUUAUUCGAGCCGACCUUGUUGUGGAUUGCGUACGAACCACGGAAAGCCCGCAAGUGCAGAAUGCAGCCCUACUGCUCGUUGCUGGUAUCUCUGUCAUUGCUCCGGAGCUUGUUCUUCACAGUGUUAUGCCCAUUUUCACUUUCAUGGGCUCUAGCGUUCUUCGCAAGGAUGAUGAUUAUUCUGUUUCCGUUAUCGAUCAGACGAUCGAUCAGGUGGUUCCAGCGCUUAUUCAAUCUCUGCGCGAUCAGAAACGGGACGUCGUUUCUGGUACUUCUGAGCUCCUGCUCAGCUUCACUGCGGCGUUUGAACACAUCCCAUCCCACAGGCGCCUCCGCCUGUUCCACGCAUUGAUCACCAAGCUCGGCACGCAAGACUUCUUGUUUGCUGUCCUUGCUAUGCUCGCCAAUCGAUAUGCUACCAACAAGGAUGUCCUCACUUUGAUGAGCGGCGUGGUCUCGGAUACUGAUCCAGUUGUGGAACUCACGACGUACAGCAAGUACCUCAACCUUGUUAUUGACGCAUUGAAACCCAAGCCAGGUAUCUCCCAGGUUCUUCUUGGAAUUGGCAGUGAUGAUGGUCGCGACCCUCAAAAGGUUUCGGUCGAUCUCCUCAGGGACCUUGCUCACCUGCUCAAGCAUUCCACUCUCAAGUCCAAGUUGGAAGUCGCAUUCUCAAAGGACGAUGAUUUCUCGAACCAAGCUCGGGCGUGCUUCUCGCGGGUUCUGGAGCAAGUCCUCUCCAUUGGUGAAUCCGUCAAGACUAUGGCACAAGUCAGUCACGCAUGUGGUGAAGUUCUCGGCUCCCUGUUCAGUACUCUGUCUUUCGUGGACUUCUUGGAUACUGUCGAGGUUUUGUUGGAUGGACCUGACAAUGAUCUUCGUUGUAAACUCCUUCGCCUUCUGGAGAACCGCCUUCGGCAGAGUCCCGAGCGAGACAGCGAGUCUCAAAUCAGAGUCCUCGAUUUUCUCCCCACCUUGGUCAAGAUUGUGGAAUCUCCUUCCUUCCUCCCUCUUCUCAAGCAUGCCGCAGUUGCUUGUAUUGACCGCGUGACGGAAAAGUACGGCCGCAAGGACCCAUCAAAGGUCAUCACAGCCGCUAAGGUUGUGGCCAGCCCAUCUUGUCUCGGGGUUGAUGACGAUCGCAUCCGUAAUAUGGGUGUCCUGUGCCUUGCGUCCAUGGCUGAAGUGCUCGGCGAGGCAAUGAUUCCCGCCCUUCCCGAUACAUUGAGCCAGUCGUUCAGGCUACUGGAACUUAGCCUGGCGCCUGGGAAGGAGAACGCACGUCUGCACAAUGCUGUGUUCUCUCUCCUCUCUGCUCUUCUUGCGAACUUGCCGUUCAUGAUUUCGAGUUCCCACCUCGACAACAUUUUGCUCCUCUCUUUCAAAUCCACUGAGGCUGGUCUUGAAGAAAGUUGCGAUGAAGCCCCGAUCGAACGUAACUGGCUGGCGGCCGUCAGCUCCGGAGCAGAAGCCACCAACGAGGUUCUCCAAACCCUCAGCCUCGCAGUCGAGAAAAACCCCAAGUCGGUUAUCGUCAAGAAUAUCGACAUUCUUUCUCGGAUCCUUUUCAACGCAUACGAUCUGCGACGCCAAGCUGGCGGUCUUGCGGACGUCAAAUUCAGUGCUGACCCCUCUGAAUUGGAUGAAGCUGAGACCUUGCUGAACGACGUCACGAUCAAAAUGAUCUAUAAGCUGAAUGACAGUACUUUCCGACCGCUCUUUGUGAAGUUCGUUGAUUGGGCCACCACUGCUGCCCCGAAGGACAAAGAUAGCCAGAUUGCUCGUCUGACCACUUUCUACAAGUUCCUCCAGGUUUUCUUCGGUACACUUCAGUCAAUCGUUACCAGCUACUCCAAUUAUAUUUUGGAGAACGUCGUUCAGGUCUUGGCGACCGUUGGCCCUGCUUUGAAUACCAGGCCACUGUGGCUUGCCAGUCUUCGCACACUGCGCAAUUCGUUUGAACAUGACCAAGAUGAAUUUUGGCAAUCUCCCUCCCAUCUGGCCAGCAUCACGGGGCCUCUCGUUGCUCAGCUGGCACAUGCUACUACCGCGAAGACUGCCGAGAUUGUCGCCGCCGAGGUAAUCCCUGCUAUUGUGGAACUUGCGGUCGCAGCCGACUCGACCGACAACUACAAGGAAAUCAACAAUGUCCUCAUGAAAUAUCUCCGACCAUCCUUUGGCCCGAAUGCCCAGUCAACUGGUGGUGCCAACCCCUUCACUCGUUUGGUUGCCGUCAAGACCGAGCGCGCCCUUACCGAACAACUUGGUGAAGAGUGGCUCGCUCUCCUUCCCGAGAUGCUUCCAUACAUUAACGAGCUGCAAGAAGAUGAAGACGAGGGCGUUGAGCGAGAGGUGCGCAAGUGGGGCAAGCACAUUGAAAAUAUUAUUGGGGAGAAGAUCGAUGAUAUGAUGAAUUAG